GUCACGUGAUUUUGAUGGGCGUUUUCGUGAGUUUACUGUAGUUGGGCAGGGAAAAAAAAGCGCACUUCUAGCUCUUCGCGUUCAGGCCUUAAAUGCGUGGUAAUUGUUUUGCGUUUUAAAUAUGAACAUCCAGAAUCAACAGGGCAGCAGCCACCCGUCAUUUUUUUCCCAGGUGUCCAACGGAUACAUUCUGCCAGAGGGACGAGUGACUCCCAAUGCCAUCUUUGUCGGCGGGAUCGAUGCAGGGACGAGUCUAACUGAAAUGAAGGACUUCUUUUCGACAUACGGUCCGGUCAAGGAUGUGAAAAUCAUCACAUAUCGCGGAGGAUUCAGCAAAGGCUAUGGGUUUGUGUACUUUACUGAAAAUGUCGACGUCCAGCCAAUUCUUGAGGUACAGCAACGUAUCUUUUGGAAAGGAAAGGCACUCAAGCUGGGCCCCGCAAUCGUCAAGCAGAGGACUUGUCACCCCUGCUCGCCACCCCCAGGGAUAAGACCAGCGCGAGUGAUAGCACUUGAGCCUUGGAACCCCUCCCAGGUUGUCUUCUGCCCUUGCUGCUCAUCCAAUGGAGGGACCAUGACCCGAUCGUCAACCUUGAUUGAUAGUGGUGCCAACUAUUUUCCAUCAUACACCCAACCACAAUCCGAAUUUGGAAACCAUACGCAGCCACAGAUGGGAAUGAAUGCUCAGACUGCGUACACCUACGAGUACUCUCCGACCUUCUGGACAACUGGCCAAAGAACACAGACUAGCACUCACUGUGCUGUAGUUCCAGCAGCUUCUGACACCACACCAGGCUACAGGACAUCAGAAUACGGAUAAAACGACACUUCCAACUUCGCCCGCCCCUCUUAGACAUUUUUUUUCCUCCAUUUGCUUGGCUUCAGAGGCCAAUUUUAAUUUAUUUUCUCGUCCCAUCACAGUCACUUUGACCCGAAACUGGUCGAGACCACUAACCUCAAUCUCCCAGAAAAGGGUUAGGAGAAAGAGCAUAGCGCUCUCAUCGUACCAGCUUGUUUGGUAAUUGCCCAACCAAAGAGGAAAAAAACGUAUUUUAAGAUCACCUUUUGUACCUUUUUAUACAUUUUAUGUUGUGUUUUUUAUUUCU